CCCUGCGCCGACUCUUCCUUCUUUCCCAGGCGGCUGCCGAAGAUGGCGGAGGGGCAGGUCCUGGUUCUCGAUGGCCGAGGCCAUCUCCUGGGCCGCCUGGCGGCCAUCGUGGCCAAGCAGGUGCUGCUGGGCCGGAAAGUGGUGGUCGUGCGCUGUGAGGGCAUCAACAUUUCUGGCAAUUUCUACAGGAACAAGUUGAAAUACCUGGCCUUCCUCCGCAAGCGCAUGAACACCAAUCCAUCCCGCGGCCCCUACCAUUUCCGGGCCCCCAGCCGCAUCUUUUGGCGGACUGUACGAGGCAUGCUGCCCCACAAGACCAAGCGAGGCCAGGCUGCCCUGGACCGGCUCAAGGUGUUUGAUGGGAUCCCGCCACCCUAUGACAAGAAAAAAAGGAUGGUGGUUCCUGCUGCCCUCAAGGUAGUGCGGCUGAAGCCCACCCGGAAGUUUGCCUACCUAGGGCGCCUGGCCCAUGAGGUUGGCUGGAAGUACCAGGCAGUGACAGCCACCUUGGAGGAGAAGAGGAAGGAGAAGGCCAAGAUGCAUUACCGCAAGAAGAAACAGCUCAUGAGGCUACGGAAACAGGCCGAAAAGAACGUGGAGAAGAAAAUCGACAAGUUCACAGAGGUCCUCAAGACCCAUGGCCUCCUGGUCUGAGCCCAAUAAAAUUGACUGUUAAUUCCUCA